CAACAUGACCCGGAUAUUGAUGGUUAGUUGUGCGUGAGGCGACGCGUGUAGUGCGGUCCACAGUGUGCAGCAGGUCUGGUUUAUAUUUCAUAUAAAGGAUGCUGCAUUUAAACAUGUUUCAGCUGAUACAAACUGGACUGCAAAAGGUGAUGACCUAUUGAGGACGUCAAAAUAAGCAAAUUACACCAUUGUGCAUUGAUUAAACAUUAUUAUUGACGUCUGCUGGACAUAACCAUGUCGGACAUUACGAUCAACUUGUGCUCUUCUGAUAACACAGCACAGAGGAGAACACCAGCAGGAAACCGAAAGAGGAAAAACAUCUGGCAUCGUAGGAAGAUGCAGUAUUUAGAGCGCAAGGGCUACAUGGAAGGUAAACAUAACUACAACCACAGAAUGGGACAGUACAGACAUGACCAAGGCCCACCACGCCCAAACGGAGCAGCCGCACAGCGCCCGUCACUUCCCACUUCCACACACAACAAAAAUAUACCUCAUCCGAGCAGCACAGCCGGCGCCUCACACUGUAGCUCCAAGCCUUCAACAUCCACACACAGCAUGCCUUCCUUUACUGCCACUGUGGACAGAAUAGGCCACCAAGAAAAGCCAAAGGGACCAGUGAACAGAGAGUCAACAGCCGCCACACCCUCAGUAUCAAGCAACCGUAAACCCACAGCCAAACAGACAUCAACAGGAAUCCCCACAAAGUACCUCGCUAUCGACUGUGAGAUGGUGGGAACGGGACCAAAGGGGAGCAUCAGCCAGCUUGCACGCUGCAGUAUAGUGUCCUAUGAAGGGGACGUGGUUUACGACAAAUUCAUCAACCCCGCCAUGCCUGUUACUGACUACCGCACCCGAUGGAGCGGCAUCCGGCGCAGUGACCUCACCAAUGCCACGCCGUAUGCUGUGGCCAGGAAGGAGAUACUGAAGCUGCUCAUGGGAAAGGUGGUGAUCGGCCACGCCAUCCACAAUGACUUCAAGGUCCUCAGUUACUCUCACCCUGGAGUCUUGACCAGAGACACGUCUCGAAUCCCUCUGCUCAACCUGAAGGCCGGCUUUGCCGUUAACGACUGUGCCUCACUGAAGAGACUCACAAAGGCCAUCUUCAACCGUGACAUCCAGACCGGGAGGAAGGGACACUCUUCUGUGGAGGAUGCCAGGGCCACGAUGGAGCUUUAUAAAGUGGUGGAGGAGGAGUGGGAGAGGAAUCUGGCCACCAAAGCACAGGCCACUUAGUGCCAGAUUUGAAGAAGCAACAUGGAAAUAAACUUUUAAGUUGACAUUUGGUGUGGCAGGUAUGUGGUUUGGAUCGACUGACUCCCUACCUUGUUACUGGUAACUUCUACUGUCCUGUCGACGUGUGAAUGAAGAUACCAGGAAACUGUUCCCGCUCAUUCAGUGUACUGGAUAAACUGCGACCAGCUGCCUGAAAUUCAAAACUGUUAUGUUAUCAUGGGAGAAGAAUAUAAUAACUGUUGGGUCAGCCCUUCAGUUUCAUUCUUUCUCAGGGUUUGCAUUGUGUUUAAAAGGUGCUCCUGCCACUAGGGGGCAGUCAUGUAAUUAUUCAAGCAACAGCUGUACCUUUAUUGAAACUGUGCUUAAGUGAUGUACAAAGAACUUGUGUUAAGGUGAAGUGUUCAACUCAGUCAUGCUGUGGUGUAUAUUCCUCCUCUCGCCAGUUGAGCAUGGUGAUAGACAUUUUAAGUCUGACCAUUGAGCUCUGUCACCCAUCAGUUUAAAGUUUUUAUAUUAUUAAUUAUUUUUAGGUACAAAAUUGAGACAAAAUACUCUCCUGUUGUUCAUCUUCGAUCAACCAAUCAUGUUCUUCAGGUAAAAGGAAGCCGGGGUUUUAGAAAUAAUGAGUUCCUGCAUGUGGCUUUUAUGGAUAAGAAUUUUUUCAGACUAACCAGCAGCCUUACAGUUGAAGUAUUAUAUAAUUUCCACACACAUGUUUUGAAAUGUGACUAAAAUACUUAAUUAUAUUUUAUGUAAAAGGAUGGACCGUUGCCAAAAAACUAAACAAAACAUGAUUAUAUGAACUCAUAAAACCCACAGGAUCUAGUUUACGAGAGCAGGAGACCUAAAUUUCAAAUCAACAAUUAUUGGAAAAAUAUUUAAACACCUGAUUUCCACUCAAAUUUACCUGAUAAUGGAGGGCCAAACCCCCGAAUCCCAGAAAAUGUAGGACAUGUCCUCAGUGGUAGCUACAGCACUCACGUUCUUCUAAUCUCCUUGUACAUACUGUCUUCAUAAAACUACUUGUUGCAGCA